AUAAUUUGAGCUCACUAUCCUGAAUUAGAUUCUAUGUGUUUCACAGCUUGUUGGGCGUAUGCUGAACCAUCGAGGAAGACAUCAUCUCAUCGUGAAGCCGUCGCAUGAAUAGCUCAUCCGGAUGUUCAAAGUAAACCAUCAUGGUACCGGUGUCCGCAUAACAUGCCGAAAUACACUGUUCGAUACCGUAGACAUCUUCGAUUUGUUCUACAAAUCCUGCCAAAAUGUGAUUGGCCACUCCAAUGAGAUGGGUUGACCGUCCUUUGACCAACAUCUUAUCAAUACAAGAUUUUUCAAUGUAGGUUCCAUUUUCUGCAGAUUGAAGGUCUGCAACCGAAUGCCGUACCCGUGUGGCAGACAUCUCACACAUGGAAUUGGAGAAUAUGGCCGAUGAGCAAUCAGGGUUGCCUUCGCACUGUUCAAGGCACUGUCGGUGGUCUCGGGCUUUCACCGUUUCCUUGACUGCUUUAUACGGUUUCCUUGUCGAUGAUGGGAAGCUCAUCAUCACUACGUGCUCGUUCUCUUCACAGAUGUCCGUCGAGUCGGCCAGCUCUAGUGAUAUGUCAUCUGAGUGAUGUGGUUUUGUGGCAUGAGUCGUUGGAUUACCUUCAUGUUCAGGGUCAUCUCCAUCACUGA